AUGUGUCUUCAUAUCAAUGGACGUUUUUGGAAAUUGUUUAUACGUUGGAUGACAACGGAAAAGGUACCAUUUGAUCUCUACUGUAUGUAUGACAUCGAAGAUGGAAAAGACAACGACAAUCCUCAACGAGCUAUUGGCUUUGGUGAUUUUACUAUUUUUAACGACAUGAUCUUGUGCAUUGUCGAUCCCGUUUUACCGACAACAGUCAACGUAUUUAUAGCAUUGGGAUGUAUAGCUUGCAUUCAAGUUGGUCACUCCAUCACGGUUUCUCUUUUCAUAAUAUGGAAACAAAGACCCAUGUCCGGUUUGCCGUGUCGUGUCAUUUGUGUUUCCGUAUAUAAUGUAACCAGCAGUUUGGGCAUGUAUAAUAAACAAUAA